AUGUUCACACGCAGCCAGAGAGCAGAGAUUGAUAGGUUUGCGGCAGUUUCGGAUGUUUGGGGAUCUUUUGUCAAUAACUGCAUCUCAUCCUACAACCCUGGUCGACACAUCACCAUCGACGAACAACUCUUCCCAUCAAAGACUCGCUGCACUUUCCUGCAGUACAUUGCAAGUAAACCCGACAAGUUUGGCAUCAAGUUUUGGGUAGCCUGUGACUUGAAAUCGAAGUACAUUUGCAAUGUCCUUCCAUAUCUUGGAAAGGACCCCAGUCGUCCAAGUGAAGAGAGACUGUCUGAGAGUGUUGUCAUGAAGCUGAUUGAGCCAUUCAUGGAUAAGGGCAGAACUGUAACCACAGACAAUUUCUUCACAUCUCUGUCUCUUGCACAACGCCUGCGUAGCCGUAGAACCUCCAUCCUCGGCACCGUCAACAAGAUUCGCCGCGAAAUUCCACAGUCAACUAGACAGAAGGACCAGGCUGAAUUCACCACAACCCUGACAGUACAUGUGGCAAAACGAAAGAAGAUGGUCUACGUCCUCAGUAGCAUGCACACAGUGAUUGAGAAUGAAGAUACCCCCAAAAAGAAGCCAAACACUGUGACAAAGUACAACACCACAAAGUGCGGAGUGGAUGUGAUGGACCAGAUGGUGCGUGAGUACAGUGUGCGCGCACCAACACGGAGAUGGCCAGUCGCCGUGUUCUACAAUAUGAUUGACAUGGCAGCAUUGAAUGCUUAUAUUGUGCAUAAGGCAUGCACUGGAGUGCAGGAGAGACGGGUGGACUUCCUGAUUGAGCUGGCGAAAGAGUUGGCCAAAUCUCAUUUGAGCGCGAAGAAGGCACACAAGGAGGAAGUGCGUCUGCAGCAACCUCUCACACCUAGCCCUGGGAAAAGAGCCAAGUGUCUGGUCAAGCGACAAUGCAUACAGAAUUCUGCCUCUGUGAGAUGUUUUCACUGGUACAAGUACACCUGUGGCAAAUGCAAGAAGGAGACACCAUGGGAGUGCCAAGCAUGUUGUGACACUGACACUGCAGAUGGACUGCAAGAGCACUAA